AUGAAGGUUCUAAGCAGAGUGAUACUGGACAGAAUUGCAGAAGUAACAGAUCCCUUACUGCGUCAAGAACAAGCAGGUUUUAGGAAAGGGAAGUCGUCCGCUGAUCAGAUAUUCGCUCUCAGACAAAUUCUAGAACAAAGCAAUGAAUGGAACUCCCCAUUAUACAUCAAUUUCAUCGACUUCACCAAAGCUUUUGAUAGUGUUAAUCGCCUAGCCCUAGAAAGAAUCCUUCGUCAUUAUGGAAUCCCAGAUAAAAUCAUCUCCAUCAUCAAGAUGCAAUACACUGAACUUAAUGCCAGAAUUAUCAAACCUAUCAGAGGAGUUUAA